CAAGGGAGGAGCGUGACACUUCCGUCUUGGCCCAGUGGCGCAUCCCGCAUCCGAGACAGUCGGCCGGAGGGAACCGAGGCCCGCGCGGGACGGGCAUCACCUGCGAACGGCGGGGGGGAGAACCCUUUGGUCACGGGAGCCGAGAGCCGCGGCACAAACACACGCACACGCAGGCAGGCAGGGGCCGCGAAAUCGAUGUCCGUCCGGGCGCGUGCGCAGAUGCGCUACUGGGCCGGGCCGCUCUCGGCUCCGGCGGCGCUCACUCGCGCACUGGAAGCCGCGCGGCACGCAGCCCAGGGCGCCUCAGCUCGAGCGCCGGCCGCCGACCGCGUGCUGUCCGGCCGCCGCAUGGGACAGGACGCCGCCGACGACGGGGCCAGCGAGCCCCUUCACCAGGGCUCGGCAACCUUCAACUGACGACGACCGCAAGUGUAGAACUCUUUUGUCCGACUCUCGAGAGGUCUCCCGUACUGCACACAGCGACAGACACCUCUGCGAAAAAGUUUUGCAGCCCCGCGGUUCAUGGAGCGUUCGCCGCCGGUGGGACGUUCCGGCCAGGAGGUGUGUGUGUGCGCGCGCGAUGACGCUAUGUGACUGCUUGUUCUACGGCUGAACUGACUGAGCGACGCCGGUCUGGCAGCGUACGAAAAAUCUUCAGUGUGAGCCAAGGACCUUUCGUUACCCUUGCAAGGGUAGGCACGAAGAGGCAGCUGAGUAAAUUCGUGUUGCGUGCCCGACCUGCCCCGUCGCACAGAAGCGAGAGAACUUUUCUCGCAUUCCUUUACGUUGUUCCUUUCUUUUCCCUUGUUUUAGCCGGUAGCUUACGCGUUUGUUUUCGAACUUUUUUAUUUAUUUAUUUUACUUUAUUCUGUUUUCGCGCUAGCCGUCGAGCUGACUUUGUGAAGGUGCCUGGACUGUGAGACUUUCAAGUGCCGCGGCGCGUCGGCCACGAAAGUCCUGGAACUGAGGAAGGAGCAGUCCCGCAGUCCCAGCAGGUUCCGCACUGCUUCGCAUUUCUGACGGCUGUUCGCCCUGCUGCCCACCGCCAAGCACCACAAAACUCCGCAGAAUUUCUUAUGAGGCCCGGAUAGCGCUACCGAGAGAGGAGGAGGAGGAGGAGACUGCAGCCGCUACACGCGUGGUCCUCAAGUCGAGCUGAUCGAAGCGGCCAGCUUACGUGGCUUCUGCAAACUUGGCACGCCAUGCGGCCGGGGGCAGCCCCGGAGGACGAGGCUUGGCGGCCGGGAGCGAGCUGCGACGCAAGGUAGCCCCGAGUACCGUGGCGGCGGCCCGGUAGCAACAUGAACGAGACGUGCCUGUCCCGCGUGCCGCCAGAGAAGCUCCAUGAGCCGGUCACUGUGGCCCUGUUCUUCGUGCUGGGCUCCAUCAAUGGACUCGUCAUCUUCGGUAACCUGCUGGUCAUUAUCGCCGUGCUGGCCUCAACGAAGCUGCGCACGGUCACCAACUACUUCGUGGUGUCCUUGGCUGUGGCCGACCUGUCGGUUGGGCUCACCGUGUUGCCAUACUCAAUUGUGUUGGAGGUGCUCGAGGUGUGGAUCUUCGGCCACACCUGGUGCCAGAUAUGGCUAGCUGUGGACGUAUGGCUCUGCACAUCAUCCAUCCUGAAUCUCUGCGCCAUCAGCGUGGACCGCUACUUGGCCAUCACGCGGCCGGUUCGCUACCGGAGCCUCAUGUCGUCGCGCCGCGCCAAGUUGCUCAUCGUGGCGGUGUGGGUGAUCGCCUUUGUCAUCUGCUUCCCGCCGCUCGUUGGAUGGAACGACGGCGGGUCUCAAAACAGCGUGCCUUACCACGGGUCGAACGAGACCUUGCACAAUUCGAGCAUCGCUGCCGAUGGCCCGUUGCCGCUCUGCAAGUCCGCACAAUGUGUGCUGAUAAACAACAAGGGCUACGUCAUCUACUCGGCUCUGGGCUCUUUCUACAUACCGAUGCUGUUCAUGCUGUUUUUCAACUACCGCAUAUACCGCGCAGCCAUCCAGACUGGGCGCGCCCUUGAACGAGGUUUCAUAACCACAAAGUCAGGAAAGAUCAAGGGACGCACAACGGACCAGAGGCUCACGCUACGCGUCCACCGCGGUAACGAUUCCGCUAUGAACGCCAAGCGAGGUAGCGAGCACCUCGGUGCUGAGACCUGCAUCGAUGGCAUCGUCACCGGUCGUCGCCGGCCCGGACUCAAGAAGUCGCGCGACGAGCCGUCAGCCAGCGCCCGGUCGUCAGCUAGCAAGACGCGUCAGCAAAGUGACCAGCGGACCACGCGCUCGGCGCCGCCCUCGUUCAAGUCGAACAGGGGCAGCGCCCGCAACAGUGGACGCAACGGCACUUCCACGUCUAGCGGCGGCGGCAAGGGCUCGCGUUCGAGCAAACGCAGUCAACGGUGGCAGGCCAAGCGAUUCCGCACAGAGGCCAAGGCCACCAAGACCGUGGGCACCAUCGUGGGUGGCUUUAUAUGCUGCUGGCUGCCCUUCUUCACAGUGUACCUGGUGCGUGCAUUCUGCGAGCACUGCAUCCCCAACCUGCUGUUCUCGGUCUUCUUCUGGCUCGGAUACUGCAACUCGGCCAUCAACCCGCUCAUCUACGUGCUUGUCAGCAAGGACUUUCGGCUGGCCUUCAAGCGCAUCCUGUGUCGCUGCCGCCUCAAAGAAGGAGGCGUCUCGUCACUCAUCAAACAGAUCCACAUGCUCACCGUACUUGACGACGCACCCCCGGACAACGCCGAGUCGCCCUAGAAUCCUGGUCACAGCCUUCUCCUGCCCGCGCUAUCGCGGCAUUCCCACGGGGCGCCACUGCUUCUUUGCACCUCACCCGCUCACUGCACCGCGUGUCUCUGCCGUAGUGACUUUGUCGGUGUCCAUCUCACGGCUGUAAUGUCUUCUUCCUCACCCACGUGAAUCACCACUAUAGCCACAGAGCAAACGUGCCAGUACCAGAGCGCUUCUGCCACACGUUUGUCACACGAUCAGUUGUUAACUGUUUGUACACACUAAGUGUAUCGUUGUUAUAGACGUUUGUGAUCGUCCCUACGAUGGUACGCGCACUUUGCUCGUACUCGUGCGUAACAAUAUGAUCUCUUUCACGUUUUGUCUGGCCCAGGAGAUGUAAGGUCUCCGCGAGCAUCCUAGAGCGUUCGAAAGCAGUUCGAGCGGUCGCAUGUCUACUGAGCUGCAUCCACGGAGCACAAAUUUGUACCAAGGACACUGUGUCUCUAACAGGAAGUGCCGUGUAGAUUGCAUGCCCUUAUACAGAACCGGUAGCUUUGCUUUGAAAACACUAUGAGUGCCACUUCGGCAGUAACUAAGCAAGAGCACCCAGCUCUCAAGUGAAUUACACUGAAGUUGUCUGCAUUCUUAUUUUCUUGUCAUGUUUAUAUCACUUUUUAUUCUGUAAAUGAAGGUAAUUUUUUCAGCCGGUGUCAUAAAGUACACAUUAUAAGUUGCAGCAUUCUAUAUAUAUAAAAAAAAUAUCUUCGGUGUGAACGCGAGCCUUCAUUGUGCGUUCUUAUUUUUUUAUUCUUCCGUGACUGCAAAUAUGCCCAGUAGUACCCGGGGAGUCCCAUGCCAUAGAGACAUUUUAACAGCGAAGUUCAGAAAUUAAAGCAUUGUUAUUGCAUUUCGUGAAGGAGCACGACCGAAGUGUUUGAACGUUCAAGAAUGAAUACACUUUCAGCGAUCGAGUUUCUUUUUCUUAUCCACUUUACGAUCUGUAGAGCAGGUGUCCACAUGACAACACUAUACGAACAGUAUACUUGAACAGCGCUUGUGUUUCUCUUCGUAAUCUUAGAGGCGCAUUCCAAAAAUGUAUUUUACACUGCAUGCCUGUAAGUUGCUUAUUUAUGCUGCGUUGUGCACCCCAACUAUUUUUAAUUGACGUUUCAUGUGAUAUACUCAUAACACAUUUAUGCUGAGCCACAAGUGAUGGAUGCCUCCUCCACAAAUAUUUAUGCGUCGUAAGGUUCGACUAGUAAGAAAGUUCUCUUGUUAUUGUUAUUGUUGUUGUUGUUGUUUUACGAAAUAAGUUACGCCGUUGCGGAAAAACAAUAUUACGGAAGUAGUGAGAAGUAUUCGUAUGCCACGUGGGUAUAAAUUCCGCGCUCCCAUUUUUUUUCCUCCACAUUCAUUUCCUAUUUUGCGUGUUUUUCAGGAAAGCCAACGCUUGAUAGCAAUAUAGGCUUCUUUCGCGUAAAAAGAAAACUACUUGGCUGUGGACAGUGACCUUCCUAACGGCUUAACUUUGCCUCUAUUCAGGAAUAUUUUGUUGUUUUCUUUUUAAAGUGUAGGAAUGUAUUACGUCCGUCGCGUAUCCGUGCAUUGUCUGAUGCGCCUAUAUGCCUAUUUUUUCGAGAAACUGUUGUCUAGUCAUUUCCGCCGUUUUACGCAGAUCGUCAGCUAAUCAUUUGUUAGGAGAACAGGGUCUCUUUUAAGUCAUUCUUUGGAAGGUAGAGCCAUGUACAACAAUCUCUGCACACUUCUUGGCAGACACAAAGCUCACAGAGAAAGGACAAAGCUUAAGGUUCGCUCCUCACGGUCGCUGGGCAUGCAUCCUGGAUCCUAAUUUCAGGUAUACGUAUUGUUUCAAUACAGCUUAGUAAAGGGGAAAAAAGAAAGUUUAAUUGGUUCCUCAACUAAAGGUGUAACCCUCAUAUGCCUCAUAUUCAAGAAUGAUCAAGGCGUAACAAAACAGAACAAAAAAAAAUACGAACACGUCGUCCCAUUUGACGUGGUAUAGUACGGUAAACCUUCAAUCCUGCUUAAACUUCCCCGUCUCCUGCGAAACCCUUUGAGUCAAAGUGAAUGCCCCGUUUUACGUAGCGUGCCGUGGCCUAACCAGCAAUGUGUAAGUGGUGCACCGAUGCAUUAUUAUUCGUCCCUUUUCUGUGUUCUGAUUUUUUGCAAUCUUUCACCUCUUCCUUUGCGACGGGAUGUGUCAUGUUGCACCACGCAAGAUCAAAACGCUUGCUAAUUCUUUUGCGAUCAAUACAAGACGUUCAGCACAGUUCCAACAAAAGAAAUAAGAACGAGGAGAAAAGCAGCAGCAUGACGUCUAUUCCAUGAACAUGGCGGGCAUCGCAAGAUCCCUCGCUGAGGUAGUUCCUGUCCCGUACAAGAGUUACGGUGCAUUCGGCUGGUCGCAGCCACGCUCCGAAUAAGACUGCAAUAUUGCGAAUCCCGCUCUUGAUUCAAGCCAGAGAAAGCGUGCUAGAGCCGAACGUGCAGCUAUAGUGACCUAGAAUUCUAUCACACUUUGGUGCACCGCCCGCUAGAGCAAUCGGAGGCCGAACGAGAAAACACGUCAGUGCGUCUUUGGUUGCAAAGUGCGCAGGCGCCGAGGAACCGUCGUAGCAUCGUGGUUCGUGACGCCACGGCUGACGUCACGCCAUUUACGAAAGCUGCAGGAGCCACGUGAACGGAACUUCACCAGAUCUCCGUCACGCUCAGAGGUCGAAGAUGAGAGCGCCUCGGAGUGCUGUGGGCUGCAGGGCAGUGCCAUAAAAGAACCAGCCAAAUGUUUAUUGGUUUCGAUCAGCCGAAUUUGACGCGCAUCGCCAGGGCGCUCUGGAACGCUCGAAAACGACCAGCCUAAUGUACCAUUAUUCAGCUAAACGAGCAGAGUUCAAUCUCAGUGAUGCAGCAGCAUCAUAUACGGUGAAACAUGUAACAGGGCUUCUGUCAUGACGUCUUGCCCUCAGCCUUUUACUACUUCUCAAUAUAAGUGACAUAAUCUAAUUUCUGAUAAAAUUGUGCGUCCUCUUUUAUCAGGUCACUUCUUCGCUUGCACUAUUUGCACCUGAAUCGUAUAACUCACAUUGAGAUGGGCCAUAACGGUUAGUACAAACACCAACAAGUCGCAAUCAAGACAGGUGCCUGUGGCUUGAAGCCUAUGGCAGCAUUUUGCGUGGACCUCAUAGUGCUACUUAAAACAACUACCUGCCUGCAGAACAGUGUUUAUUCAUAACCAUACACAUUUGAUGCGUAAUGUAUACUCUUUUAUUCUGCUUUGUUGCUGCCAUUUUCUCCACAAAAACACGCAGCAGUGCGUUGACAUCGUGACUUGGCACGGCGUUUUCUGAUAACCUUCUUGGAUCUGUAGAAGAGCGUUCGUAUAUUUUAUACGUAGAUAAGAGAUAACAUUUGGUGUGAAUUUGAAGCAACUGAAAUGCUGUGGACGUAUGUCGUUAGAUUUACGUUCAAAAAGUGAUUCGAGUUGGAAAAAAAAACGCAAGUUCGUUCAUCGUCGAAGUCGCCACAAAAUUGAAACCAGAAUAACAGCUUUUAAUGUAUUUAUUCGAGAUCAUUUGCAACAUUGCCGAGUGCAGUUCCAUAUCUUAUUCGGCCGCUGCAUAACAUUCCAAUUGUGCAGCGUUAUUUAGGCUCGUGCACUUCCAUAAGCUCAGCAUAACGAAAGAACUUUGAGCAGCUGUCGGUGGAGAGCCACGUAUUUGCUGCGUCUCUUGCGAAAGUGCAUCGCGUGCUGGCCGCUUGGGCCGCUUUCGUGAAGGCGAAUUCCUCUGUACCAUCGAUGAGUGUGUUUGUUAUCUGUGGUAUAUAUGUCUGUUGGCAAAGUUUUGUUCCUGUUCAAUUAUAGACUUUGAUCGUUUUGUUGUACUGUGUCAGGUGUACUAGAAGUGCACCAUCAUCAACUGUACCUCGCCCAGUGAGAGCUCCGCCCGUGGGAACAGCACUGGGGUCCGGAUACCUUACCGAGUACUUUCCUUUCGCACUAUCGUGGUGCCGGUAGCGCCAAAGAGCACAUGACCUAGCAGCUCUCGUGACACCAGCAUUGGUUUGGCAACUCCCGACAAACACAUUGCAUGUUUUUCACUGCCGCGAGAAAAUGCUGCCAGAGGGCGCGAUCGUUGCGUAUAAGGGCAGGCAUUUAUUGCUUUGGCAUUUAUGCUUCAGACACUCUCUGGCUUCCACUUCUUCCAGUGAAAGCACAGAUCACAUAUUACUGAAAGCACAGAUUAGAUACGCAUUGAAAAAUAAGUACAUUGUGAUACAUGCUCACAAUACGCAGGCGUUGUGAGAUACGCUUGGAGUGGUACAGUCGCGCAGUGGCUGUAAUCCUUAUCAGUAGUGAUGGCCCGAAAAACUUCCGCAAGAAGCUUUUUGUUCGAAUCAUAUCCACAGCAUAUUUUUUUUAUUUCAUUACGUUUUAGAACUCACUCCUACUGGCUAUCUAACAGCUAACAAACAAAUCAGUGUCAUUAUAAGUACUUACAGAUUCCACCAAAAACAAGCAUUCGUCGCAUUCAUACACUGCAAAGCUGGGUUACCGUGUCACGCAAUAUCAAAAGUCAAUAUUGUAUACCAUGCUGUGCGAGUACCACGCUUUCUCACUAGGAUAUGCAGCCCGUGUCACAAUCAAAUCAUACAUCUAAUCUGCGUCCUCAAAAAUGAGUUCAGAAAUUUACCGCUCUUCUUGCCCUCAUAGGCAAGAAAAACGGUAAUAUGACAAGUUUGAUUGAUAGACAAUUAAAUUAUUCGACUCCUAAGCCCAUCAUAUUGCAUUUCAUCAAUAAGUGCUGAAUAGGCACUGUAUGGCCAUAUGCAUAAACAACCUUUCAUAUACACAUAUAUUUUAUUAACUAUUGAGGAACGAGAAGGUAUGCUGCAACCGACUGUGCCACCUGUUGUGGUGUUCGCGCAAGAACAACAAACGACUUCCAGUUGUUACGGUAACACCACCACAGGAAGCACAGUCCUACCUAGCACUAAGCCCUUGAGCAUUCGGUAAACUGACAGGACGCUUCAGUGGACUGCCUGAAUACGGUGACUUUUGCAACAUCUGGACAUAUUUGUAGUUUUGCUAUCCCUUGCCACGCAACGUGCAAACACACCACCGAGCGUUUGCACUUGACAAAUUGGCCAUUUUGGUUACGUAUACGCAUACCUCAGGGGCUAGUUUACCGCUGCUGUUAACUAAAAGUAAAUCCUAACUAUCCGUCUCUAUUCACAUCUUAGUGGCGGCCUCUACUUAGAGCUUUCAUUUGGCCGGCAACGUUUCGGUUUUAGAUUUUGUUACCUAAAUAUUCUUAUUGCUGAUUAGGUAUUGGCUGUCUCCAUAUGUAAAGACACAAACACACUAAACGUGUUGCACAAUUACGGCUGUGUAAAGAGUUCUUGGCUGUCCCAUGGCUAAGCUCAAGGGGUAAUACCGAAUCGUUGAUGGGGACAAAUAAAAUGUUUCUCUUCUUUUUUUUUCGUUUUUUUCAUGCCGAAUAAUAGCGAUGUUAGUUGCAGAAGAAGACACGAACAGUGCAAUAAAUAAAAUUUGGUUGCUGUCACUGCCAAAAUCUUGUGUCAGAUAUUUGUGUGCGCACCAAACGAUCAGAUUUACUUCAGAGUUUUCAACUACACCCUUUCUCGCCGUAUAUGUAGCCUGAGCUCGCCGUCGUAUGCAAUAAUUUUUGUAGCCGCAAUGGUAAGGUUGUUUUACCCCUGUAACAACAGAACACCGUCAAGGGUGUAAUUUUUGGUUGUUGUUGUUGCGGCAGUAAUAUGGCCUUCUACUAAUAUGAUAAUAUGCAUUAAAUUUUGGGGUUUGACGUGCCAAAACCACGAUGUGAUUAUGGGAAAACACAGGUUUUCAUAUAAGAUCUAUGUGUAUGACAAUAAAAGGUUAUCAAUACAGAGCACAUGACACGUACGGGGGUUUUCAAUAAGAAAUACGUCUUUAUGCAAGUGCACAUUAUGUGUAACUGGUUGCUUACUUAUAAGUACUUACAGUACUUAUAAUGUUAUUCGGACAAAUUUGUUACACCCCAACGCUUAGUAAGUGAUCAGCCAUUUGAGGGAAAGGUGGUUCCCAUGAGUCUCGUCGCUACACAUGUGCAAUACACGACAUCCAAUGCAGCUUAUACGAUGCAUUAAUAAUUGAUAUAUUACGUGGGCGAGCCUUCAACAGUAGAAGCCUUUCGUGUAUAAAUUGUUCCCAAGUUUCAGCACCUGCAGUGUAGUUGAUUCCGGGCAAAAUGACGCGCUGGAAUUUGCGUGCAGCCUGACGUAAGAUUUUCUUUUUGUAACACUGCAACGCUCACCUUUCACGCGCUCAAAGCUAGCCAGGAAACUCUGUCGCGUUUGUGAUAUGUUCUACGGGCGUUUAGCUUCAUUGAGAAACAAAGAAACCUGAUGGACGAACUGUCGCGUACCGCUCAAUCAUCUUGCAGCCGCCACAAGGGCUCGGUUCCGCUGUCCGCUUCUGGCGUGAGCAUUUCACGCCACCUAUGUUUUCGCAGAGUGGCCGUGCGCGCAACCUGUUGAGAUACACGCGCAUCAGUGUAGUGGACCACUAUUGUCUGUUAAAGUGAAUAUAACAUUAACUAAAAAGAACUAAGGUUCUAAAACGUUAUUUCCGCGGUAGUCUAUGUGUUCGUUGAAAAAGAGUACUACAGUACCACUAUAGUCCUCACUGAAACUAUACUCCCAGGAAGAGUAUAGUCUCAUUUUUGUCCUCGUCGACCAGAAACGGCACAGUAAGGAUUUUUUUAUUUUUUUAUUUUUUUUUUGUCACUGUCACUCCAAAACUUGAUAUACGUUAUUACUUUGAAAACUUUAAGCACAUUGCUUAUUCCUGAUUCUUGCUACCCUUUUUUUUUUCAUCCACUGGAAUGGGCUCAGGUCAGGUUCUUGAGCUUGUAAGGCUAGUAGCAUAACCUCUUCUACGCAGAGGUUAUGUUGCAUCAUCGCUUGUGUUGCGUUUUGCUUGCGACGCUGAACAUGCCUCCCUAGCGGCUCGCGGCCCUUGUCUUAACUGUAUUCGUUUGUAGGUAAGUGCUUUUUUUAUACGUAUCUGUCGUCAUGCUUACGUGAAGGCUACGACAGCGCACACGAAUUUCUGUAGAUCUACCAAAUGGAGUGCUGAGACAUUUGCAUUUUCUUGAAUUAUAGUUACAGCACUGCGGUAUUAAAGGUUAUUGUUAGCAAAAGGUUACUUUCUAAAGGGAUUUUCAAAACUUAACGUGGUGUUCUACGUAACAUCGCACAAAGGCGAGAUCCAUCAAGCAUUCCGACAACUAUUACACAGAUGCUGAUAAUCCUACCCACUGUUAUUAGGUGUACCCAUAGUUGCUUUAGUUAUCUGCACCUAAACCAUCCCGUUGCUGGAUAUGGCUGAGAUGCUUCGGGAAUGUGACUCCGAUACCUCAUAGACACGGCAAGCCUUUCUUUUUUUUUUUGUGCGUUGGAGAACUAAAAGGCCGCGCGGCUCUCACAGUCUGCGUAUUAUGAAGUGGGCUUAUACAAUGCACUGAGCUGCAAAAGUUGCUCGACAAUUUUUUGCGCGUGGACUUUACCAAAAACGAAGUGCACGCAGGUCACUGAUAUGUGCUCACUUGCGAGGAAAUUAGCGCAAUAAAGGCAUUGUCGCAAAGCGAAAAAACAAGGGCACUUCGGCAACCCUCACUGUCUCUUUGAGCUCUUUUGUGGAUUUGGCGCCCGUGCGAAAUCCGCUACCCAAAGUAAUUAUGCCUGUUACAGUCACAUUGUUGUGUGAACUUUUUCUGGAGGCACCGUCUUGUGUACUUUCCGUGUGCUAAACACAUAAAAAAAUGUUCCAGCAAGACUUGACAUGAAACGUCAGUUUUACUUGUUCCACAUUAUAUCAGUGUUGACUAGGCCUUGUCCAUCGCAGAGUCUGUGUGCACGUAAUUGAAAGUGUAUGCGCAAAUGUGUGUGUGCGUCAGUGUGUGCCAGUGUAAAAGUGUACAUAAACAGAAAGUGAGCCUAUAUUCUCUAUUUUAUAUCAAAAAUCGUGUCACAGCUCUCAGCUGUUAUGGUAGUUUGUAAAGUAGUCGCCCAGAACGUGAAACCAAACAAACUCACGGAAAGGAAGCAACAGCUGGAUUAUUGCGACGUUCUUUUUCUUUUGUGUCGUUCAGCACAUGCGAGUUAAGGUGAGCUAAUAACAAAACUUUGCCGUAAUAUCUGCGUUUGUGAUUUGUAAUUGCGUCUAGUGUUGUGUGUCACCUUUUUGGAUCGUCGUAAACACACCAUGACCAGCACAUAGGCGUGUAUUGCCGGUGAUGAAAACUUGUUUGAACCACGCGUUACUAUAUGUGGAUGCUGUUCACUUUUGUUUCUUUUUUGUAAAUAAAGUGUGACGUCUGUGAAGGUUGAA